AUGUCUAGCUUUGCCAGCGCCAGCGGUCAUGAUGAGCUCGGCAAUCUGUUGUGGCAACAGGAAGCCACCGAAUUCAUUGAGCAAUUUCCGUGUGGUGGCAUACAAAAGAGCCACCGUUGCCCCGUUCCGCCCAUACGCCGAUGCCACGCCCAUACACGCGGCGUUGUUGGCCUUGGUGGUGGCGGUGGCGGUGGAGAGUUGCUGUCGACACAGCAGCGACAUCAGCGAGAUAUGUUCAGCGGUGAUCUGGGAAUACCGGAGAUUAACACACACGUGGGUAGUGUUGUGCACACCUUUGAAACGUUGGCGCUGCAGCGACGCCUCGCCGAGGCCGAGCAGGAGCGAGACCGUGAGCAGAAGGCGACGCUUUUGUAAUCCAAUUGCCCCCCGAUUUUACCCGAUAACGACCCCGAUAACGAAAUCUAACCAGAAACUGAUGAGGAUUUAGCGUUGUUUGACCCGCCGCCCGCCAUAAAGGAUUAAAGCACUUUCUCUAAACGGAAUAACCAAAAUUAACGAGUAUUUGCGCCAUAAUUGGAUUCAAAUUUGCCAGCACUUAUAAAAAUCAAUUAAUAAAGAAAAUGAUUGGAAUAAUCUUAAGACAUUUUCUGAAUUCAUAUUUCGAUGCAAUUUCGCGAAAAUCUCUAAAGUAUGCUAUUGGUAAUAAUUGAAAAAACUGUAAGAUUUCAAUGAUGCCUAAACUAAAAUUUAACAAAAUUGUUUAUAGCAACUUUUUGGGAGAAGACAAAAAAUAUAAAUACGAAUUCAGAAAUUUCUUAAGUAAAUGUUUUGCCCAAUUUUCAAAGAUAAUAUAUCAAAUAAUAUUUAAACUCUCAGUUACAUA